AUGAACUCCGUGUUCCAGGCGCUCCUCCAUGCGCCCCCGCUCCGGAACUACUUCCUCGGCGAUCGUCACAACCGGUUCCUCUGCUCGCGCCGCACGCCCAUUAGGCACAAGAGGAAAGAGACAGGGGCAGAAGAGGAAGAAAAGGGAACAUGCAAUGAGCUUGCAAAGGAGCUUGGGGGCUAUAAGCAUGUGACGGUCACACAUGAUAUUAAAGUUGUAGAUGAAGGGACGGCACAGGCUCUGCAAAACCUUCCAUUAGGAUCUGCCCCUGUUCUGGAUUCUAUUGUUGUUGGAUUGGAUAUGGUGAUGAGGAAAUUUGGUAAUACCAAAGGGAAGCGGAGGCUCUGUUUAAUCACCAGUGCACAGGAUCUGUUAAGAGAUCCGCCCGAGGGGACUAAAGAAGAACAGAUGGACACCAUUGCAGACAUGUUGAAAAAACACAGUAUCAAGCUGGAGUGCAUUAUCUUCAGAGAACCGGGAGUGCAUCAUAAUGCUGUAAUGGAAGAAAACGACCGAUUAUUGUAUCAGUUCAGAAAUAGAUCAGUUGCAAAGGUAGUUCAGGUUGACAGCCCUACAUCGCUGUUGGGUGCUCUCAAGACAAGAAAUGUGCUUCCAGUUACCGUCUUCAGGGGAGACCUGGAAGUGAACUCCAAUUUUAAAAUAAAGGUGUGGGUGUAUAAGAAAGCAGCUGAGGAGAAAUUCCCCACUUCGAAGAAGUAUUCGGACAAGGCUCCUCCAAGUGAUAAAUUUGCCUCUUACGAAGUCAAAGUUGAUUAUGAGUACAAGAGCGUUGUUGAACCAGACAAAGUUGUUCCACCAGACCAGAGGAUUAAGGGGUAUCUUUAUGGUCCUCAAGUUGUUCCUGUAUCAAAUGCUGAAUGGGAGGCGGUCAAGUUCAAGCCAGAGAAAGGUGUGAAGCUUCUAGGAUUUACAGAUAGAUCCAAUGUACCACGGCAACAUUUUAUGAAAGACGUAUGCUUGUUUAUACCUGAACCAGGCAACAUUAAAGCAACUCUUGCAGUUUCUGCCAUAGCAAGAGCAAUGCAUCAAAUGAACAAGCAAGAUUCCUUUUACUUCAAUGUGCUCCCAUUUGCUGAGGACAUCAGAGAGUUUCAGUUUCGAUCCUUUAGCAGCAUGCCAUCAUCAUCUCAGCCCACUGAAGAACAACAAGAAGCUGCAGAUAACCUAGUGAAGAUGUUAGACCUAGCACCACCUGGAAGAGAGGUCCUCAAGCCUGAGUUUACACCAAAUCCCAUGUUGGAGAGAUUUUGCAGUUACCUUGAUCUCAAGUCAAAGCAGCCAGAUGCAAAUGUCCCACCACUUGAAAGAUCUCUAAGGAGGAUAACUGAACCUGAUCCUGAUGUGAUUGGCCAACAAACACAAUUAAUCCAGAAUUUAGGAAAAGCUUUUGAGCUGAAGGAGAACCCCAAGAAAAAGAAAGCACGAACAAAGGACAUAUUGGCAUAUAGUGGUGCAGGUGAUCAAGCUAAAUCUGUAGAAGAGCCUUCUGUAGAGAAGGACAGACUUCUGGAAAAUACACAUCCUCCAACAGAGAAUGUUGGGGCGAUCAGAGAUUCAAAUCCAGUUCAAGAUUUUGUGGCCAUGCUGGCUAAGAGAUCUAGCUCAACUUGGGUUCAGAAGGCUAUUGAAGAUAUGCAGAAUUACACAGCAGCUUUGUUACAAAAGUCUCGUGAUGGGAGUAACUACCAAAAGGCACUUGAAUAUUUUGCUGCUCCGCGGAAGGCCUGCAUUAUUGAACAGGAACCACAGGAAUUCAACGAAUUCCUAACAAAGAUUUACGAGAGAUUGAAGGAGGGUGAUGCUGCCAAGUUCUUUCAACUUCUCUCCUCAAAAAAUAUUUCACUUAUCAGCAAAGAGGAAGCGCCUGACAGUGAUGUGACUGAAGAGAUGGCAAGAAGUUUCUUCCUGAAACGCGAAAAGGCGUCUCAGUAG